AUGGUUGAGGACCUCUUAGUGUUCCAGUCUCACGUCCCAGACUUUUUCAGCCCCUUUCCUUCAUGGUUUUAUCCUAAGGCGUAUCGCGUGCGCGCGCGAAUCAUCGACGGUAUUAAACGAUGGCAUAAAUAUGCCAACGAACACUCUGACUGCUCGAAGAUUGGACCCGAGGAUCCUGAAUGGGAACUGUACUUCGGCACAAAACUCAUUAGAACGAGGCUGAAUCACACACUCAAGUUAAAAGAAUUCAACGCUGACGCUCGAGCGUCCGAGGACCUAGGCUUAAUAUUUACAGCAACCACAAAUGUCGUGAUUGCCACCUUUUGGAUCAUAUUACAGUCGUUGAGGGAUCCUGCUCUCCUUGAACAGCUGAGGACCGAAGCCUCCGAAUGCAUCAAUAGAGACGGCACUAAGGUGGACAUGGCUAAGCUGACAGCUCAGCCCCUCUUGCAAUCAAUGUAUGCCGAACUUUUACGCCUUUACAUUGCUAGAGCAGUUAGUCGCAUAGCUGAAUACGAAGAUAUUAAAGUUGCGGGCUACUCCAUCCCGAAGGACAGUUACCUGGUCAUGUUCAGUCGAUCCUUGGCUUUCGAUGAGCAGUCAUGGGUUCAGGCUGGUAGAGCAAUAAGGAAGCCUUUAAGAGAAUUCGAUGCCGAGAGAUUCCUCGUUGAUCCCGACUGGAGGCGUCCUGGAUUCGCAAACGAAACUAAUGCUGAGAAAGCGCAUGGCAAAGAAUCAACUGCUAAUUCGUCAGAGCGUCGAUUCUCGAUGGAUGGUCUGUUAGGCGUGUGGAUCCCCUACGGUGGAGACGACCAUAUCUGUCCCGGAAGAUACUUUGCAAAACAUGAAAUAUUACUGGCCUUCGCGGUUCUGCUUACAAAGUUCGACAUCGAAUUAACAAUACCGAACAUGAGGGAUGUACCGCUGGAUAUGAAAUUUGCACCUUUUGGCGCUUUACCUCCAGCUUGUGAAUCCCCAUUCCGUUUCAGAAGGAGCGUGAAAAUCUAG